GUUUGUUUGGACUUUCCCAUGGUUGAUCCUGGUGAGCAAAAAACAGAAUACAGUUAUCAGCCAUCGAAGCUCACAAACUAGCUAUUUCACUCGACCAAAUCAGAUCCUGUGGAGUGAAGUUCACCACACGUAAAUAUUCCGACAGCCCGUGAAGGCGGCGUCAGACUGCACUGCAUACGCGCCGUGUGGAGGAGCGAAGAUGGCGGAGAGUGUGGAGCCGGAGCAGGACUGGAUGGACCGGGCCCUGGACACGGCUGACGACACCCUGGUUGCAAUGGAAACCCUACUGGCUACACUUAGAGCAUUUGAAGACGUGCUCAGGCAACAAGAACUAUCCAUAGCAUCUUCCACGGAGUACUGCGACAACUUCUGUCAGGCACUCAUGCACUAUGCUGGGAGCAGGAACUCUAUGGAGCAUGGUCUGCCUCUUCUGGAGGUCUACUGUCUGUCCAUUAGCUGUUUCGCUGCAGCCCGAUCCCACCUCACUCCAGACUCCGACAGAGUGGCCCUUGUUUUGAAGAGACUUGCUUUGAGCUGUUUUGAACUAUUGCUGUCAGUGCCUGAGAAUGAAAUCCCGUAUGAAGCCUGGGUUCAAUUCCACCACUCUGUUCAGAUUGCUCAUGAUACCUUGCUACAGUAUGGAAGCACAGACCUCCAAGCUUUACUCCAGAUCACAGGAGAGGGAGGCGCGUGGAGCAACACUGUCCUCACCUCUCUCCUCACCGGCCAGCCAACAAACCCAGAAGAAGUUAAUGCAUACAUCAGCUUGGAGGGCGAGGGCUUCAUGGAGAUGCGCGUGAAGCACCUGGAGAAGAUGGGCGAAAUGGCUAAAGCUGUGGUGCUGGCCAAAGCCUGCACUGAAUGCAGCUUCAUCUCCAACCAAGCUACCUUCCGUCAAACCUUUGUCUUCCUGCUCUGUCACCUGCUGCCCAAUGAAGAGGCCAUCAUGGAGAUAUCAAGACUUGACUGUAAGCACGUAUUGGAGAUCACAUGUACUUUGGAGUCUGAGGGGGAGGAGAACCACGCCUUCAUCUUGUGCACAACUUUCCUGACACAGCAGCUUCAGCAGCAGAACCUGUACUGUUCCUGGGAGUUGACUCUGUUGUGGAGUAAGCUUCAGAGGAGGAUCGACCCCUCGUUGAUGUCCCUUGUGGAACGAUGCCUUCAGCUAGGUGCCAUUGCCAAAACGGUCCUGCAUUUGCUUUGCCUCGUCCGUAUCAUUCAGACAGAGACGCAGGAAAUGGGGAUACCUGCCUCAGUAGAACUUUGUGUCAAAGCACUUCAACUUCCAAAGCAAGAUGACUCAGAAACCAGGAUCUCUGUCUGUAAGAGCGUGUCCUGCCUUCUUCCAGGAGACCUUGAAGUGUUGCGUGCCUGCCUUCUCACAGAAUUCAUUCUUUGCCCAAGCCCGGAGGUCUUUGGGUCCUUGAAGGAGCUUUACUUGCGCCCCGACCAAAAAAAUGACCAGGAAAGCGAGGUAAUUCCCAACUCACUACGCUGCGAGUUGCUAUUAACUCUGAAGGCAUACUGGCCGUUUGACCCUGAAUUCUGGGACUGGAAAACUCUGAAAUAUCACUGCAUCUCCCUUCUGGGGUUGAGGCCGGAGUCAGAGGGGGAAGAGGAGGAGGCAACAGACAAUCGAGAUAAAAGUACACAACCUGAGUCUCAGGGAGUCGCAGUGAAAGUAGAAUCUGAGCAUCAAAAGAUGAUUAAUGGAAGUGUUGAUGGUGAUAAUGAGCAGAAGGAUGAGGUUCCACAGGUUUCUAACUCACCAGAAAUCAAAGGAGAAUCUGAGUCAAAGAAACACAAGUUCUGUUGUAAGAUUUGUAAGAGGUCGGUCAGUGACACCCAAAUCAUUCACCACUCCAAGAGGCACGGAGAGGGCAACAAACACCCCUGUCCCGUGUGCUUGGAAAAGUUUAAGAGCAGAAAGGUUCUUGUUCCUCACCUAAAACAACACGUGCAGAGUAAAACUAAUCUCAACAUAAAAAAAGAAGAUGAGCAGAAACAGGUGGAUGAAGAGGAUGAUGUUAUUGAACCAGGGGAGAUCACGGUUGACCCUUCCCUAAUGCAGUACUACAAAUCCACACAUGAUCCAGAGGUGCUGCAACACAUCGUGCAACAAGCCAAAACGGUGAAAGAGAAGAAUUUAGAUGAGGAAGAGUAUGUAACGUUUGAGUACAUUGACCAACACUUCAACCUGCAGAAUCGGGACGAGUAUCCAUGUCCAGGAACCGGCUGCACUCGGAUUUUUAAACAUUCCAAGUACUUGUAUGUUCAUUUAAAGUCAGAGCACAGAGGUGAUGACAAUGUAAAACAUUUUCAGCAGAUGCGAGACAAGCGUGAGAAGUGUGUUUUUUGUAGACGCCAUUUAUCCUCCGCACACCAUCACCGCAAACAUCGAAGAGUCCACUAUGGAGAUCGGCCUUACAUGUGUGUGAUUAUGGAUUGUGGUGCUAAAUUUAAGACUUCCAUCGAGCUUGUCACGCACAAACAGACCCACGGGUUCCACCUCAACUACCAGUGUGAGCUCAAAGGCUGCUACGUCAUCUGCUCCGACUUGGGACAAAUCUACCACCAUGAAGCACAGCAUUUCAGAGAUGCAGCCUUUACAUGCCCAAGCGCUGACUGUAGUAAAUACUAUCUAUCCAAAAAAGAAUUCAUAAACCAUUUAUCCACACACAACAUCACCUUCUCUGAAAAAGACUUUGAGGCCCAGAGGAAGGCGAGGCGGAAACUUCUUAAGACGCUUACUACUGAAGUGUCAAACCGCCUUAAUAAGUCAAGUGAUGCAGCAGAGACUGAAAAUGGAGAUGUCCUAAACUCUUCCUCAACAAGUUGUGCCUCCUCUUUGCAAUCACCUGAUGGUAAGGAGCCCAAAACAGCAAUGACCCUGGUGGCUGUGUGUUUUGAUGGAAGCAAGUUUACUUGUGGUUUUGAGAAAUGUGGCAUGACUUUCUCCAGAGCCAGAGAUGUCCAGAGGCAUCUUAAGUGUGCCCACCCAGAACACCUCAAACUGGAGAACAAAGAACACAAACAUGACAAAGACAGGGGCUCAAAGUCCAAAGGGAUGAAGACUGAAACUGAGCCUGACUGUGAGGAAGAGGGAAAAGGGGAGCUCUUAACUCCAUUUCAACCCAUGAAGGCAGACGAAGAAAGAAAAGAAGAUACUGAACCCCAAAUCAACGAAACAAACUCUCCAAGCUUUCAAACUAAAACUGAUGAUCUGAGUGAAGUCCUUAUUGGGCUCAGUAAACUGAACCUGAAUUCAUUAUCUCCUCACAGUGUGCCAAUUGAGCCCCCUGAGUCCAACCUAGAGUCAAAAGAAUCCAACACAUCUCUCCAUCAGGCCAUCAUAGCAAAGCCUCCUGUUGUGCUGCUUCGGAAGAGGGCCCUACAAGUGCCAGAUGAAAAGGUAGAAGUCAAAACUGAAAACGUAUCAGAUGAUGUUAAAGAAGGUGAUGUUAAAGAAGGUGAUGUUAAAGAAGGUGAUGUUAAAGAAGGUGAUGUUAAAGAAGGUGAGGCCGAAGGUGACGCCGAAGGUGACGCCGAAGGUGAGGCCGAAGGUGAGGCCGAAGGUGACGACGAAUCAUUGGCCAGUGCUAAGCCCUACGUCUGUGAGAUGAAAGGUUGUGACUUCAAGACCGCUCGGAGUUACAGCUUAAAGCGACACUAUAACAACUUACAUGGCCGCACUGUUGAACAGGCAAGAAGGUUGACUUCUCUGAAAACAACAUCGUUUAAACCUUACAUCUGCCAGCUUUGCUCCCAAAGUCACAGAGAAAAACGCGGGUUGAGGUUCCACUAUAUUCAGAUGCACAACCUGAAUCCCACUUUGCUCAACAAAAUAAGCUACAUACGGCACGAGGGGAAAAAAAACACUUCAAUGCGUGCAUCUCUCAACCUGAAGAAGCAUGGUCUUAACGUAUGGAAAAAAGAGAUCCCCAAGCUGCAACGCCAACCAGAGGAAAAAAACUCAACGGUGGUAAGCGAAACUAAACUAAACAUUGGCAAUCACUCACCAUCUGAAGAGGGAGGAGAGGGUAAAGCUGAGAGUAAAGAGGAAGACAAAGCACAGAAGGGAGAAAGAGGGGACAGGACAACACAACAGGUCAGGACUACAAGACGAUUGGUAACCAAAGGUAAUCUCUGCUAUAUGCUGGAUAAAUUCAGUAAACCCUUUCAUUGUGUAGCAAAACAUUGUGAUGCUGCUUUUUCCACCCAGGGGGGCCUCGUGCGCCACCUACAGUUGAUACAUCAUUACAAUCGCUCUCAACUCCUUUUGGAAAAAGAUUUUGAGACGCAUCACAGACCAGAAGCCAGAAAAGAGCCCACCAAGAAAAGGCCUCAUCCAAACUUAGAUGAACCUCAGCCCCAAUACAAGUGUAACUUUGCCAACUGUCAUUCUUCCUACCACCUUAAAAGCAGCCUAGUGCGUCAUACUCGGGAUGCUCACUCACAACCUUCAGAGCCGAUAAGGUGCAAGUUUGAAGGCUGCACAAGAGUGUUCACCCAUGAUGAUGCACUUAAAAAACAUGCGCUUUAUAGUCACUGUGAGUACUACGAUUCACUGGUGGUACGUCUGCAGAGCACUCACAAAAAGUCAAUUACUGGAUGCCAAAAAAAGCUAAUUGUUGCACCACAUAGUCCUCAGAAAGAAGAAUCUGGAUCAACCGCCGCACAGGCUGAGGGAUCCAGUUCAGAGCCUGAUGGGACCACCCAGUCACAGGAAACGGGUGAGGAAGCUGUUGAUGACAUGAAAAACAGAGAAAAAAGGCAACCGAGGUAUUGUUUCAGCCGUUAUGUCUUCAGAUCUCACGAAGAAGCUUUACAGAUGUGCCAAGACCGUGGUUUGCGCAAGGCCUACCCAUGCAUGAUGCAGGACUGUGAUUCUGUCGUCACGUACUUGAAUAGCUUGCACCGUCACUACACGAGGACUCACAGCAUGCGUCGGGAGGAUAUCCGUAAACAUAGAGAUAAGCUGGUUAAUACUGCUGAGCAGCUGGAGGAACUGAUUCAGAGGAAGUCAGCCAGGACAACUGUUACGGGAGCAUGUUCCCCUAAUGGGGUUCGCAAAAUGGAGUAUCAGGCAGAGCCAGAAAACACGGGGGGGCAGCCUGCGGCCAUGAGCUUACACUCCAUCAAGGCAGACACACAGGAGGAGGAUAAUGACAAUCCAAUGGGGUUCCCAGAGGAGGAAGAGGAGGAGCCGCCACCUGUUGAGAGAAAUGGUGUCCUUGUUGGUGCAGAUGAGGUGCUUUACGGUGAGCCGAGCACCGGAGGUCACACUGAAGGCUCUGCUGCUGCAGCAGCAGCACAGAACAGCCAGAAGCAGGAAGAGAGAUUAAGCUUGGAUCAAAUCAAACCUCUUCUUCGUUCCCUCACUGUUGACCUCUCGCCACCCUGCUCACUGUGCAUAACUGCUGUGGAGGGCCUUCAAGACUCGUCAGGCAGCAAGGAUGGGGGUAAACUGGUGAACGGGGCAGCUCCGUUGCCCACCCCUCCUGUUCGCCAGCCACUAAAACGAAAAAAUGAAUUGUCUGAACCACCCUUAAACUUGAAAGAGACUCAACCUUGUAGCCCUUCUCCUCUCCCAUUUGACAUCACAGCUUAUAAGCCUAUAGGCUUUGAGUCUUCCUUCCUGAGGUUCAUACAAGACACGACGCCGAAAGACAAAAAUGUGCCGGCAGCGAAACGGCGAGAGUCUUUCAGACGUGGUUGUUCAGUAAAAGAGAACAACCAGCUGAGAAUCUCUCGCAACCGUAGACACAGUCAUUCCCCACUGCUGAAGCCCCACGCUAUGACUCGAGACUUUACAUCUGUCCAAAACUUGAAGUACAUCUUGGACAAAGCCUUGGCGGGGUGUGGGGACCUGGCUAUUAAGCAGCUCCAGUAUCUGAGACCUGUGGUGGUGCUGGAGAGGCCGGUGUGCAGCACAACCCUGCCGGACAUCUUCCCAUCAGACACCAACAAUUGCGAACUGCUGCUUGGAAGUUAGUUCAACUUAGCACCUUUUAACAUAGCUAUGGAAAAUUAUUUUUUACUUUCACAAGUUGAUCAGUAUUUAGUUUUUCUCUCAAUUAUAGUAUUAUGUUUUUGCUGUUUGUUUUUUUAUUUGCCAAACUGAAGAAUCGUAUACAAAUUAGCAUUGCAAUGAAAAACAAGUGUAAAUAGCUCAAUUCAUUUUAGACAUGAAAGCAUUCAGAUGGCACCUAAUAAGUUAACUCGUUAUCACAAAUGUAUAUACUGUGGUCCUCCAGGAUGAAUGUUCAGAUUGUUAGAAAUGGUCAGUAGUGUAUUGCAAUACCUUCUCAGUUGUGUGAACUUGUGACUGAAAGAAAACAAUUCUUUACUACAAAGAUUUUGAGGAAUAUGUUUGGUUAUUUUCACCUCAGUUUAUAAUAAAUAAGUGUUGGGAUGCAGUGUACAGAUGUUGGCAGCCAUGUAUGUAUGUAUGUAUGUAACACAUUUUUAAAUAAAUAAAUGUGGAAACAAAUAUAAAGCCUUUAACUUUCA